AUGCCCGAAGAAAACGAAAAUAAGGUCGUGCUGAUCACGGGGGGCUCUGGCUUUAUCGGCAGCCAUGUUGUUGACCGUGCACUGUGUGAGGGAUACACUGUUGUUGUUGUGGAUAACCUUUACACUGGCAAGGAGCAGAACAUUGCUCAUCACCUUGGCAAGGCAAAUUUCUUUUUUGUAAAGCACGACGUGCGUUAUCCAUACCCCGAGGCGGUUCUGCGGCAUAAAUAUGGCUACAUCUUUCACCUGGCCUGCCCAGCGUCCCCAGUGCAUUACCAGGCCGAUCCAAUUGGUACGACGCUUACAUGCGUCAAUGGGACGUAUCACACACUGCUUCUUGCAGAGCGGGACGCAUGCCCAAUACUUGUUGCCUCCACUUCGGAGGUGUACGGCGACCCACUGCAGCACCCACAGAAGGAAGAAUAUUGGGGCAAUGUGAAAUGCAAUGGAGUGAGAAGCUGCUACGAUGAGGGGAAACGGUGUGCCGAAUCACUAUGUUUUGAUUUCCACAGAAAACAUGGAGUAAAAGUUCGUGUGGCCCGGAUUUUUAAUACAUACGGUCCCCGCAUGUGCUUCAACGACGGCCGGAUUGUUAGCAACUUCCUUGUACAGGCCCUUCGGGGGGAAGAUAUUACGGUGUAUGGGACAGGCGAGCAUACUCGCUCGUUUCAAUACUGCGAUGACCUCAUAGAGGGAUUUUUUCGCCUCAUUCGACACCCAACCGAGACUGGACCCGUGAAUUUGGGGAAUCCAGACGAGUACACCGUGCUGGAUAUGGCAAAAAAGGUUCGCGAUCUUGUGCCUGGAACAAAGUCAAACAUUCUCUUUCUUCCCCCCUCCGCAGACGACCCAAAGCACCGACGCCCAGACAUCAGCAAGGCGAAACGUGUGCUGGAGUGGGAGCCCGUCGUGUUGCUUUCAGAGGGUCUAAAGCGCACGGCAGAGGACUUUGCGGCACGUGUGAGCCGUGGAGAGUAA